AAAAAAAAAAAAAAAAAAAAAAAAAAAAAAUAACAGCAAGCGUGCCUCCGGGCGGGCGGAUCGUGGCCCGCUUGAGCUUGAGCUUGACGUGCAGAGAGAGCCGCGGAUGCCUAUUUCAGCACUAGGGUCGGGCCCAAGGUUCAAGCCCGCUCCCCAUAGCGUCCUUUGCCCGUGGAAUUGUCAAAAGACUGACGUCGAGGUCUGGCUCCUUCUACUGUGGCGGGCACGUCCGGCACAGGCCAAACAAAAAUCCCCUUUUUGUUCUCUUCCCUCGGACUGUCUCCUUUCUCGUCUUGCGGUAUGGGACUUCGUCCCAAGCCACAUUGGCUUUCCACCGGCAGCGCAGCACAGUAAUAAAUAUUCCACUUGACGCCACCCCGCCCGCCCCUCAGGCUUUUUAUACUCCCCUCACACAAAAGGAUGCCGUGUUCUAGACCGUAGUCGGCUCAUUCGCCUGCCCUCCAUCCCGCCCACCAAGCAGGUCGAGGCUUUUUGGACCCGUCCCUACGUGCAAUUAAGAAACUGCAUAUAUCUGUUCUUGGACCAACAACCGACAGAUUGCGUGCCCCCCUCCCUCCGGCCUACCCCUAGUCAUCAACCUAAUCAUCCGCGUACCUACUCCUAUCCUGCCGGCUUAUGAAAGGUGGUUUUAUUCCUGCUUUGAUCUUCAUUUAGACGCCAGCCCCUAUUUACACCUUGCAAGAAUGACGGCGCCCUACCCCCAGGUCGUCCUCUUCGGGGACUCUCUUUUCCAAUUCGCCAGUGACCUGAAAGGCGGCUUCUCGUUCGAGGCUGCUCUCCAAACAUACUGCAGCCGCCGCUAUGAUGUCGUCAACAGGGGAUUCUCCGGGUACAACACGUCUCAGGCCCUGAAGAUCCUGCCCCAGCUUUUCCCCGCCCUGCGGCCCUCGGGACCUAAGCUGGAAUAUCUGAUUGUGCUUCUCGGUGCCAACGACGCCGCUGUCACGGUUCCGGUCGACUGCCAACACGUCGACAUGGACAAGUACCGGGCAAACCUCAAGACGAUCAUCACCCACCCUAAUAUCACGGCUCACAAGCCCAAGAUCCUCCUGGUAACGCCGCCGCCAUUGGACGAGAUCCGCGUGGCCGAGCUGGACCUGGCGAACGGCCACCCGCACGUGCUGCGGCACGCCAAGGUCAGCGCGGCAUACUCGCAGACGGCCCGGGAGGUCGCCGCCGAGGUGCCCGGGACUGUGGCCGUCGACCUGUACCAAGAGAUUAUGGAUUAUGCCAUCACCAAGACGCCGGGGUUCGAUUCCAGCAGCGGGCUCCUCGGUGAUCCGACGACCGGCAAGCGCGGCUACCUGGAGCACUUGCUACCGGAUGGCCUCCACAUGAGUGGCGAGGCGUACCGCGUCUUUUUCGACGCCGUCGUGCCACACAUUAAGCCGCAAGACCCCAAGCAGCCACAGGCGGGAUGGACUUUUCCCGAAUGGAGAAAGGCACCGUGGCUCGAGAGCUGAUUUGGGGCAGGAAUAUGGUUGUGCACAGCCCCAGAAAGAAGUAAGGGAGCUGAGGAGGUGUCGGUGAACAUGGAGUCAACACGACAGAGUAAAGUCAAAGCCUUGUCGGUGCCCGCUGCACUGGCUUGGCACGUCCACCCCCAAACGAAAGUGCACACGACAGGUGAAGCGCCGGUAUAAAAAGAAGAAAUGAGACAUGGAAAAGACGUCAGAAAUAGGAAAUAUGACGCAUGGGAAGUCGAGCCGACACAGUAGAUUAGGUAUGGGCAGUAUAUGAAGUGUUGAAUGACAAUAAAUAUGGGAAAUAGGAACGAGGUAGAGACAGCUCCAGGACAGACAGGUCGAAGCUGAAGGAAGGCUCGACGCUGACGCUGACGGCAUACCCCGUGCGGGCUACAGUGUGAUGGCACAGUGAUUCUGGGUCCACCCAAUUGU